CUGAGGAGGAGGGCCAUGGCCAGCCCGGAGGAGCGGCUCGCUCCCCGCCCCCAGGCCCCGCUGCCAGCGGCUGGGGACGAGCCCGGCCGCGGCCAAGUCCGGCAGGAACCCCGGCGCGGCGAGGCCAACGGGCGGAGUGCAGUGGGCCUGAGCCUGGCCCGGGAGCUGCCUGGUUGCAGCCGGGAGGAGCUUGCGGCGCCCCCGCCCCUGUCCCGGUCCCUGUCUCAGGCAGGCCACGCCAGCCCCGCUGGGGGCCCCAGCGCCCUCUCUGCGCUCCGCGCCGGCGUCUGCGGCUGGGUGGCGGCCCGCGCUCCCUCGGCGUUCGCCUUCUCCUCCCCUAUCCCCUCCUCCUCCUUUUCAUCUUCCUGGUACUUCUGGCCGCCGCCCCCCUUGCCCCCUCCCCCUCUUGUCCCCUCCUCAUCUGCUUUCCACCUCCCCGCGCGUCUCCCGAGAAGGGAGGGCGCAGCGGCGGCUGGAGGAGGAGGCGGCGGCGGCGAUGCUGGCGGAGGAGGAGGAGGAGGACAAGAGGCAGCUCCCUUGAGCGUUACCCCCGGCAGUAGUCACCGCAGCGGCGGUGGCAGCGGCGGGCGGCGGCGGCUCUUCCUCUCGCCUGCGAUCCUAGGCUUGCUGCUCCCAGCCCGUGCCGGGCCCCGGCCACCGCCGCCGCCGCGGCUCCCCCUCCACCCAGGCGCGCGCCGCACAGACUCCCCGGGCUUUCCGGGCGCCGGCGGGGGCUGCCCUGGCCUCGGCCCCGGCUCUGCCGCCGGUGGCCGAACUCCGUGGCGGUCCCGAGGCGCCGCCUUCCCCCUCGCCACCGCUCGGCCGCUGCUCUUCGGCUCCGACAUGGAAGAUGGACCUUCUAACAAUGCGAGUUGCUUCCGAAGGCUGACCGAGUGUUUCCUCAGCCCCAGUUUGACGGAUGAGAAAGUGAAGGCCUACCUCUCUCUCCACCCCCAGGUCUUAGAUGAGUUUGUUUCCGAAAGCGUGAGCGCCGAGACUGUAGAAAAGUGGCUGAAGAGAAAAAACAACAAAGUUGAAGAUGAAUCGGCUCCUAAGGAAGUCAGCAGGUACCAGGACACGAACAUGCAGGGAGUGGUGUACGAGCUGAACAGCUACAUCGAGCAGCGCCUGGACACAGGCGGGGACAACCAGCUGCUCCUGUACGAGCUGAGCAGCAUCAUCCGGAUAGCCACAAAAGCCGACGGAUUUGCACUGUACUUCCUUGGAGAGUGCAAUAAUAGUCUGUGUGUGUUCACACCGCCCGGAAUGAAGGAAGGUCAACCCCGGCUUAUCCCUGCCGGACCCAUCACCCAGGGCACCACCAUCUCUGCUUAUGUGGCCAAGUCCAGAAAAACGCUGCUUGUGGAGGACAUCCUUGGGGAUGAGCGGUUUCCAAGAGGCACAGGUCUGGAAUCAGGAACUCGAAUCCAGUCUGUUCUUUGCUUGCCCAUCGUCACUGCCAUUGGAGACUUGAUCGGCAUUCUUGAGCUGUACAGGCACUGGGGCAAGGAGGCCUUCUGUCUCAGUCACCAGGAGGUCGCAACUGCCAAUCUUGCUUGGGCUUCCGUAGCAAUACACCAGGUGCAGGUGUGCAGAGGUCUCGCCAAACAGACCGAACUGAAUGACUUCCUGCUCGAUGUAUCAAAGACAUACUUUGAUAACAUAGUUGCCAUAGACUCUCUACUUGAACACAUCAUGAUAUAUGCAAAAAAUCUAGUGAACGCCGACCGCUGCGCGCUCUUCCAGGUGGACCACAAGAAUAAGGAGCUGUAUUCGGACCUGUUUGACAUUGGGGAGGAGAAGGAGGGGAAGCCCGUUUUCAAGAAGACCAAGGAGAUCAGGUUUUCAAUUGAGAAGGGGAUUGCUGGCCAAGUGGCAAGGACAGGGGAAGUUCUGAACAUUCCAGACGCUUAUGCAGACCCGCGUUUUAACAGGGAAGUUGACUUGUACACGGGCUACACCACCCGGAACAUUCUGUGCAUGCCCAUCGUGAGCCGCGGCAGCGUGAUCGGCGUGGUGCAGAUGGUCAACAAGAUCAGCGGCAGUGCCUUCUCCAAGACGGACGAGAACAACUUCAAGAUGUUUGCUGUCUUCUGUGCUCUGGCCUUGCACUGUGCUAACAUGUACCACAGGAUCCGCCACUCAGAGUGCAUCUACAGGGUUACCAUGGAGAAGCUGUCCUACCACAGCAUCUGUACCUCAGAGGAGUGGCAAGGCCUCAUGCAAUUCAACCUGCCUCCACGCGUCUGCAGAGAGAUCGAGCUAUUCCACUUUGACAUCGGUCCUUUCGAGAGCAUGUGGCCUGGGAUCUUUGUCUACAUGAUCCACCAGUCUUGCGGGACAUCCUGCUUUGAACUUGAAAAAUUGUGUCGUUUUAUCAUGUCUGUGAAAAAGAACUACCGGCGGGUUCCUUACCACAAUUGGAAGCAUGCAGUCACGGUGGCACACUGCAUGUACGCCAUACUUCAGAACAACUACGGCCUCUUCACAGACCUCGAGCGCAAAGGCCUGCUAAUUGCAUGCCUGUGUCAUGACCUGGACCACAGGGGCUUCAGUAAUAGCUACCUUCAGAAAUUCGACCACCCCCUGGCAGCACUGUAUUCCACUUCCACUAUGGAGCAGCACCACUUCUCCCAGACGGUGUCCAUCCUGCAGCUGGAAGGGCACAACAUCUUCUCCACCCUGAGCUCCAGCGAGUACGAGCAGGUGCUGGAGAUCAUCCGUAAAGCCAUCAUCGCCACUGACCUCGCCCUGUACUUUGGGAACAGGAAGCAGUUGGAGGAGAUGUACCAGACGGGGUCGCUAAACCUCCACAACCAGUCGCAUCGAGACCGUGUAAUCGGAUUGAUGAUGACUGCCUGCGAUCUUUGUUCUGUGACGAAACUAUGGCCAGUUACAAAAUUGACAGCAAAUGAUAUAUACGCAGAAUUCUGGGCUGAGGGAGAUGAAAUGAAGAAGCUGGGAAUUCAGCCCAUUCCCAUGAUGGACAGAGACAAGCGAGAUGAAGUCCCGCAAGGACAGCUUGGGUUCUACAAUGCCGUGGCCAUUCCCUGCUACACCACACUGACGCAGAUCCUCCCGCCCACGGAGCCGCUGCUGAAGGCCUGCAGGAACAAUCUCAAUCAGUGGGAGAAGGUGAUCCGUGGGGAGGAGACUGCAUUGUGGAUUUCAGGCCCGGCAGCUGGAAAGGAGCCGUCUGAGAAGCUGCCCGAGAAGGUUGAUGACUGAUACUGGCGAGAUGUCCGCCCAGCAACCGACCCUCAUCCUGCUUCUUCCACGUCGUUCCUUUUAUUUUUAAGGGGGAGGGGACACCUCUCCCAGAAGGUACCAUCACAUACGUGAAGCAGAGGACUUCCUGAUUGUCGCUCAUGCCUCGGACAGUGAGCUGUUUGGGCUCCACUGUGUUCAGACAUCAGCUGUUCUGUGGCUCCACCCGACUCCCGAAUGACCUCUGUGAACAGGCCAGCAAUGCACUGGCCUUGAAGGUGGGCAGAGACCACAGGAGGGGUUCCUGUCCGGGUCCUUCCGUGAGGGUGUGGUCAGUACCCUGGCUCUGUGCUUCUCCUCUAGGGCACUGCUGCUUGGUGGCAUUGGCUAUAAACACGACACCGGUCCUUGUAGUGAAGUCCACAUGUGACCUCCCUGUUGUAUCCUGGGACACAGGUAAUGAAGGGUCACAGCCCACAGGCAAUUGAGGAAUUCAAGUUGUUGAUUUUAGGCGGACUAGGUGUGUUCUUUCAGUUUAUUCUGGGGCAUGUAGGUGAGUUGGCUCCGCCUAAGGAAGCAGACCUCUGCCCUUCAUCAAUGAGACACAGGGUACAUCCCAGGCAUCCGAAAACCUCAGCUCUCAGAGAAUGAAAACACGUUCCCCUUGCUGUAGACUGUAGCCUUUGGCAACUUUAGCCACAGAGAAAAUAAAAGUAAGGCAUCUGAAUUUCCUGCAGCAAGAAAAACCUUGUGAGUAAAAUAAUAUGUUAAUUUUCCAAACAAUUCCUUUAAAUUUUGACUGUGUGUUAUGGCAGCAUUUUAGUCUAAUCCAAAUUGAAAGAUUAUUCCAAAUGACACCCCAUCCCACUCCGCACUCCCCUCAGAGGCACCUGGGUUCGCAAUCUCUCCCCUCACUGUGCAGCCCAACAGGAGGAGGUGCAGGGCCGCCACGCUGACCCUUGAUCGUGACUUCUCUGCCACGCUCAUAUCCGGAGUCCUCCACAAAGAUCCCUGUUUGUGACUCGUUCUUGUGUGUGACAGUCUGGUGCCUGCUGCUGGGUGAAGUUAGAGAAGCUGACAGAGCUCCUGGACUCUUCCUGCUGUGUUCUAAGGAUUUUCAGGAUGGUGGCAGGGAGACCAGAGAACCCAUGCUUGGUUGUUCUGGCUUAGUGAAUGAGUCUUGAGAAGUCAGAGACUGGUCAGAAACAAACGGCUCUCUUAGGGCUCUGCCAGGGGGGUGAAAAGUUGCUUUGAAACGCAUUUUCGAGAUAGGCUUUGAUACACUCCAUACUGUAUGCACCACUGCUUCCAGGAGCUUGGCAUCAGCAAAAAUCUACUGGGUUUUCUUCUACAUAUUGAUUUAUGUUAUAGCAGAGCGGCUGAACACAAACCUAUUCUCAUUUUAUAUUAACACCAUGUGCUCAUUGUCCCCACGGGCUUCUAAAAAGCUACCAUCUCCCCUCCAUGACAUUGAUUUGCUGUUGUCACCGUAUCAAGUAAAAGGUGAUGCCAGUGACCACCAGGGCUGGGCACACGUAGUAUGCAUGGCUUGGGCACAAACACACAGAUGUCUAUACGGCACACAUGUGAGACAAAAGGAAAGAAAGGAGCAAGCACUUAUAAAAAUGACGGUCACCCCCAUAUUCAAAAGCAGUGGUUUUCCACGUUGGGACAUGAGGACAUGAACGGAAGUGUGGCUUCUGUAAGUGUUCACAGGCAGAAGGGUGUGGCAAGUCCUUUCCUCAUGCAGACACAUGGCACUAGAUUUAACAAAAGCCGCUUUCCCCACACACGUUGACAGAUCAUCUGUCUUAGAAGCCGGACUGCAGCAAGGGGCAGCAUUAGGAUGCUUGUUUCAUUCUGGCAUUUUGAAGGAAAGAAUGAAUUCUGUCCCCAAGUUUGGAGAAGGAUCCUGGUCGUGGGAAUUCUGUGACUGCUUUAGCAUUUCGUGGUGGCUGUGGCAAUAAGAAUAUUACAGAAAUCUCUUUCAGUUUGACCUAGCCAAGAAUAUUGUAUUGUGUGGCCUCUACUGGAGCAGUUGUGCAGAGGAACCUGCUGGGAAUUUACUGGCUGGGCAAUCUCUCAUGAAAUACUGCCACAUGAGAAGCAGUUUGGAUAAAAGGUGAUAGGUGAUUUUUUUAAAGGCCUUUUAAAUUAUUAUUUUCUAAAAGAUGUUUGUAAGAUUGUUUUCACCAUGUGUGAGACCCAGGAGGCAUAGAUUUGCCGAAAAUAAGAGAGGCCAGGUUGCAGCCUUGUUUAGUUAAUAAUUUGGCGUUUGAAUUCAUGCAGUCAAGAGUGUUUGUGUGUGUUUGUGUGUGUGUGUGUCUUGGCAAGUAUGUUUAGCAGACAAACACUUGAAUCCUGCCUCUGAGUUUUUCCCACCUCUUUUCUCACUAUGCUUUCUCCCACCAAGGAUUUCCAGGAAUUUCUCAUUAGUGUCUGAGGCAAACUUAGUGACUAAUAAUGAAUAUGAUAAAGAGAAUGUUCCAUUUGCCGAAAUUAUAUUAUUUAUGAUCAUUUUAACACACAAGUUUUAGAGUCGUGGCGGUUGUUUAAUUUCUUUCCACACUUUGUGGUACCUUUUUAUCUGGGAAAAUGUUCCCGGAUACCUAGGUGCAUGCCAACACCGACGUGAAGUGUUUUGAGUCUGUGCGGUGAACCUCCAAUCCUAAAAAUUGUGCCACCAUGGAUUAGUUGUCUAAAUUAGUUAAAACAAAGUUGAAGGCACGAGCAGCUGAGGAAGCAGCGAAAAGCUGGGUGGCUGUCAGCUUCCCACCUCCUAGGAUGUGAGAAACAGGAAGAGAGAAGUUGAGUCCUGCCCCACGGGCUCCCUCCGGUUUGAAGAGCGUGCUGAUGAUUGCCACUGUGAUAUCUCAGGAGACUUGUUCCCACAAUAGUCAGGGAUCCGCCCUGUUAGUGUUGGGCUCCUCUUUCCAGCCUGUGUUGGCAUUUUUAUUUGAUACACACUUGGUUAGCUCUGCUUUUUCACUGUGCUCAUGUAUGUGUGAGAUGUGUUGGCACAGCCUGCCUGCUGCUGCCUGAUGCCAUAGGGACUGAGCAGGUCUUCCAACAGGCUUAGCUUGGCGUGUGAUAUUCCUGCUCUCUUGGGUCUACAUUAAGGACUCAGCUUUAACAGGACUAAAGUAGUUGCCCUGCCUUGGCCCUGUACCUUUAUUCUGAAAGCCAACUUUCCCCCUUUCUCUCAAGCGCUUGCCUUUCAUCUUUGGCAAGUGUAAGGAACAGGCAGCAUUUAAAGGGGUGUGUUCCUGGUAGGUCCACCUUUGUUUGUCAGGGUCCUGUCAUCCCUUGUCACUGAUGUCUACUCUGGUGACUUAGGUAGGGCUCCUCUUGUUUGUCGGGAACUGUGGUUCCAGUUAGAGGCACGGAUCUCUUGGUUUCUGGCUCCUCAGCUGGCUUGAUUUUGAAGGCUACUUCUCUGUUUAUUUCAAAUCUGCGUGGUUUGCUUUGCGCUCUGCUGAUCUAGUGAGCAGGAGGAUUCUAGGAAGGCUGUUCAUCCAGUCCCCAACUCCUCCUGUUGAAGGCGUCAGUCCGACCUGGCAGUCAUUGUGAAAUUCGAGCUAGGCAUGUGCACCACCAGCCGUGGUUCCCCUUUGCGUGACAGCUGUAUUUUCACAUGUGAGUUUUUGUUGCUGCCCCCUUUGGCAUUGUUUACACUAAGUUGAAAUUAGAGCUGCCCAGUGGAGUACAGCAUUCUUACUGUCUUCAAACAAAGCUGUACCCUUUGAUCAAUAAAAGUAUUUAAGGCAUUUCAUGAAUUGACAAAGCCAGAACAAAAAGAAAGAAAAAUGCUGGAGGUGUUCUCGUUGCCAACAAGGAGCACAGGACAGCCAAGCUACUGUCUCCUAAGGAAAGCACACUUAGAACCCAAAGAAACACUGCCGCGGUCCCCCGACUUGUCCCUUCUCAGCCGUGGAAGUUGGUGCUGUGUGAGCUGUGAGCAGUCUGCCUGCUGUUACCAUAACUGUGAGGAUUCUGCAACCGAAACGACACACCUAGAACUGACCCUGUGGCGG